AUGGCCGGCAGCACCACGGCUGCGGCGGAGGCCAAGACCUCGGUGUGGUGGGACAUCAACUGGUGCGCCGUCCCCGCCGGCUGCGGCGAUCCCCACCGCCUCGCCGACAACAUCAUCGCCGCGCUAGCCUCGGCAGGCUGCAAUGGCCCCGUCUCGGUCUUCGCCUACGGCGAUGCCUCCCGUGUCGCCCCGGGCGUCCUCGAAGCCCUCUCCUCCACCGGCAUCUCCCUCAGCCACGUCGCCGCCGGAGUUAAAGAUGGUGUUGACAAGAAGAUGCUGGUCGACAUGGUGUUCUGGGCGUAUGACAACCCUCCACCAGGCAAUUACUUGCUCAUCUCAGGGGAUCAGGACUUCUCGGAUCUCCUUCAUAAGCUUAAGAUGAAGAAGUAUGAAAUCCUACUAGCGCAUCCCCCAAACGUGUCGUCUCGGGGACUUUUCAGCGCAGCAAAGAUUGUGUGGCUCUGGGAAAGCCUCGCUGCCGGAGAGCCAUUGCUGGCGAAAUCCCCGCAUUCACAUACCGUGCCAGAUCGCAACCGGAACUCUGAUAAUCUGGAUGCAUCAGAGAACUUUCCUGCCCUGUAUAAUAAGAGUUGUGACAGUAAUGUGAAGGCAGCAGCGAAGCCAAUCCAGAUAUAUAUAAAGAAGUCAAUUGUCACAUCCACUUCUGCAAGCAAUGAAGGUCAAGUAGAGCAUGUUGAUGGAGUUUCUGAAGAUUCUACAGGAAGCACAGCGAGUGAGCUGGACAGGUCUUCUGUUUCAUCAUCAUCAUCAAGCUCCGAAUCAAUCGAGGGAGCAAAGAUGGACCAAUCAAGCCUGCUCGGAACACCUACCUUAUCUCAGUCACCAGCGCAGAAACCUGCGGUGCAGUCUCGUUUGCAUCAAAUGGAAAUAUCACAGCGGUUCAUCACUGGUGGGGAAACUAGCAUUUCAACUAAAUGUGCAUCAAGAAGUGGAACUCUUGAUGGUGUUAGUAAUGGGCAGUAUCCUCAAGUGCGUAGGCAGUCAAACUCUUCUAAAGCUUAUGUGGGUGAUAAUAAUUUAAAAGAGGGUAAAGAAUGCAAGGUGAAGCCACUGCAGAAGUAUGUAAAGAAGACAAACAUUGCAUCUAGUUCUAGCAAUCAAGUGGAGUCUUAUGUUGGGAGCACUAGGAGUGAGUCUACUGUCUUAUCAUCAUCAAGUUAUAAAUCAGCGAAGGGAGCUAAGGUUGAUCAUGCAACUUCACAAUCAACUUCUACAUUGUUCCAGUCAUCUGCUCAAAAACCUUUGGCGUCCAUUCGUUUGCAUCAAGUGAUAGCACCACAAAAAUCCAUCCUUGGUAAGAAGCCUAUUACAUCUACAGGGCAUACUUCAAGAGAUGCAAAUCAUGGUCCUGGUGUCAGUCUUGGCCAUUAUCAUUCAACAUAUCAGCAGCGAUCCCAAUCUUCUUACGCGCAGAACAAGCUUCAUUCUAACACCAUUGUUGGUGAUAAUAAUGUGAAGUCCGCCAAUCUAUAUAAGGCAAAACAGCACCAAGAAUAUGUAAGGAAGACAGAUAUUUCAUCUAGUUCUGCAAGCAAUGAAAUACAUCUCGGAUUUCCUAGUAAUUCUAAAGGAAGCACUUUGGGCCUUUCAAGUCAAUCUAUAUCAUCUUUGUUCUGUUCUGAGUCGCUGGAUGGGACAAACGUGAAUCCUCUGCCCCCCCUGCCAUCAGCUCAAAAACCUGCCACACCUACUCAUUCUCAUCAAGACGGAGCAGAGUUCAUCUUUGGUAAGAAGCCUAGCACAUCAGUUGAGUUCACGCCAACAAGUGGAACUUUCUGUUUUGGUGCUAGCAGUGGCCAAUAUUGUCCAACAGAUCAGCAAACUCAGUGUUCUGUGUUGCUGAAACAAGACAAUUCAGUUCCUCCUAAUCCUCAUAGUGCGUUUUGUCAGUCUUACUCGACGAAUCCAGAAGUUGGCAGUCCAGUCCUGCCAUCAGCAGGGCAUAAUGGUGCCCCUUCCUCUCAAAUACAAACAUUGCCAAGUGGCUCAACCUUCCAAGGCCUUGCUGAUAUUUGCUCUGAUAUGAGUAGACUGGCUAUUUCUGAAUGCCCGACUAGGCUGCCCUCCCCAGGCACACCUGCUAGUAUGCCAAUGGUGUCUGGACAUCCUAGAGCAUUCAGCCUCCAUGUGGUCAAAUCCUCUUUUCAUGCUGGUUCAGACAUCAGCCUCCAUCCAAAUCACUCUAAUGCUCCUCAAUUUGUCCAAUCGCCUGCAAGUGAUAGCAGACCUCCUCACCCACCGAAUCUAUCCUACAGCAUUCAGAGUCCUGAAAAUCAUGGAGAGACGCAAGAAUCUCCACCAAAUUCUCCUGAGCAUGACGUUGCUAUAAGAAGCCUACUGCAUGCUCUGGGCAUACUGAAAACCGAAAAAUUAUCCCCAACAGAAUCAAAUAUUGCAGACUGUAUACGCUACGGCGAGAUGAAUUUAGCUGGUUUUGAUACUAAGAAAGCUCUUGAAUGUGCCAUUCGAAAUCAAGCUGUCGUUAUGAAGAAGUUAGUCAAUGACAUGCCUUUAUUUGUGGAAAAAGAUGAAAGCCUCUGGAAAUGUGUGGAUGUAACAAACAGUAACGCUAAGCGUCCUAAAGCGCUAGUCACCCUUCGUAAGUUCAUAUCCUCUGCUGCUGGCUAUUCAGCACUAAAGGAUUCUCAGUCAAGGUAUCAAGCUGCAACCAUUUUGAAGAAAUUGUGCUUUCAGCAGCAUGCCCUUGGCGAUGUUCUCCAGAUUUUGCAAAUUGUAAUUGUUAGAAAGAAGUGGCUUGUGCCUCAUUCUUCAGGCUGGCAACCGUUGUCCUUCAACAGAGUAGCGGUGGACGUAACUGGUGAUGCUAUUGGAGAAUUCACCUCUUGAUUCUUGCCCUCUGCUCAGGUGGAAUGGAUAUUUUGAUGCGCUGGUGAAUGGCGACUAUGAAAUAUCUUCAACAUCUGAAGUUUCUUUUGGAUAGUGUGUUGGCCCUUUAACAUAGUAUGAGAUCAGAUGCUACAAGUAGAGUAGUUUAGAUACCAUACUAUUAGUAGUUCUUAAUCAUGGGAGUUUAGUGAUUAGUCCCAAACAAAAGGACUAUGAACAUCCUGCUAGUUGUGUUCCAAGCAUGGAUGAGCUACGCAAGACACGGUUUUCCAUAUGCUUUCAAAGAGACAAUUCGGUAAUGGGUUCAGCAA